AUAUUUUUCAGAUAAAUUUUACCUUACUUCGAGUAUAUAAACGAAAACGUUUGGGAGAUUGCCAGUAAUAUUUCAAAAUGUUAAAGCUAAUAGUUGUUCUGGCAGUAUCAUAUGUAGUAUUGGCUACUCAAAAAUCCAAAUAUUCCAUUCCCGCAAAUGUCCGAAUCAUAGGAGGUGAAGACGCAGAUAUCGCGGAAUUUCCAUGGCAGAUAUCACUUCAACGUAACCACGAACAUUCAUGUGGUGGAUUCUUGAUUUCCAAUACUUGGGUCGCUACAGCUGCUCACUGUUUAUUCACUGGUUCUAACACAAACCUCUAUAUUCGCGCUGGAUCCAGCAGAACAGAUUCGGGUGGUCAAGUAAGCAAAGUGGACAGAUUUAUUGUUCAUCCUUACUAUAAUGAUUCUAGUCUUGACUACGACGUAGCACUUCUACAAUUAGUAUCUCCUGUUACUACUCCUAACGCUACUGCUGCCGCUCUUCCAGAAGCAGGAAAGGCUGUCCCUGUUGGUGCGAUGCUCACCGUAACUGGGUGGGGAUAUACAUUUAAUGAUAAAAUACUCGCGCCCGUUAUCCUCCAGCAGGUUAGUAUUCCCAUUUUAAGUCAUGCAGCCUGCAGUAGAGCAUAUGCCGGGGAGUCGAUAACCAGCCAAAUGUUUUGUGCUGGACUCUACGGAACUGGUGGAAAAGAUUCAUGUCAAGGAGAUUCCGGAGGACCAGCUGUUGCCGAUGGAGAAGUUGUUGGAAUUGUCUCAUGGGGAAACGGCUGUGGAGAUCCUUAUUUUCCGGGUGUUUAUGUAAAGGUUUCCUCUUUAAGAGAUUGGAUUAAACAGGUCACAGAAAUAUAAAUUAUUUUGUAAUCAUCAAAUAAAAAAUCUAUUCUGGUUCAGCCGUUCACAAUA